CCACAGAAGGAGUGGCACUGACCAUCUUAAAACCAGCAGAACUUUCUCCCUGCACAUUUAUUUGGAAAAUACUUGUUUUGCUGUCUGGCAUAGAAAACCAUUUGCAGUCACUUUAUUACAAAGUUGCGACUUACCGGUGGAGUCGUGAUGGCAGCUUUAUCAAGUGGAGAGAAGUCGGUCAAAUAUCUCCUAUUCAGCUUUAAUUUUGUUAUUUGGCUUGCAGGUACAUUCGUCCUGGCUAUUGCACUCUGGAUGCGUUUUGAUAAGUCAACAUCUGGCCUUUUUCAGGCGCAAGACUCCCCUUCAGCAUUCCUCACAGGUGUUUACAUUCUCAUUGUGGCUGGGGCCCUUAUGAUGGUGGUCGGCUUCCUUGGAUGCUGUGGAGCCAUCAGAGAGUCCCAGUUUAUGCUAGGAUUGUUUUUUAGUUUCCUGCUCAUCAUCUUUGCAGCAGAAGUGGCGGCAGGAAUCUGGGGGCUCUCCAAUAAAGAUAAGAUUAUAGAUGAUGUAACUCAGUUCUACAAUCAACUGUACAGCAAAUACCAGUCGACCAAGCAGCCAGCACUCAAAGAAACUUUGAGAGCUAUUCAGUUUGGUCUGCAAUGCUGCGGUCCAUCUGGAACUUUUUUUGAUGGCGGUGCAGACACUUGCCCAAAGAAGGAGGGUCUUGAUGUUCUUGUCACUACGAGCUGCCCAUCUGCAAUAUAUGAAUUAUUCAAUUCUAAGAUGCACGUUAUUGCAGGUGUGGGCAUUGGCAUUGGACUGAUUAUGAUCUUUGGCAUGAUCUUCAGCAUGAUGCUGUGCUGUGCCGUCAGAAGGACUCGAGAUGUCGUGUAAACAUUUUCCCUUCAGGACUAACUUGACUCCCCUUUAAGUGUAUACCAGGUGUUCACUGGCAAAGCGAUCUGCUAAAACACCCUAUAAUAUGUUAAUAUAUUAAAUUCUGUUUCUAAUGCAGUUGCAUAUCCAGCUGAAAAUUGCACUGGAGACCAAUGUUUAAGUUUUCUGGUUUGCCUGUAGAAUAUUCUUUUAAUUUUGUAUUUUAUUUUGUUGUGGUUUGCAUUUUAGUUUCACUAUAUAAAACAUUUUUAUUUAGCAAUAGAUUGAUUUUAUAAUCAUAAUUUCCCAUUUAUCUAUACUGGAAAGUUAACUAUUUUUGAAAUGGUAAAUAAAAUUUAUCUAAAAACAUUGAAUUCCAAUACCCUGGCUAAUUUCUUUAUGUACAAGGUUAUAAAUGCAGGACAAAGCCCUACAACUCUUACAACUAAAUGCAUUGUGCUGAAUUCUGCAAUUGUUGUACAGUAUUUCAGAAUACCGACUCAUGAUUGUUGACUCAAAAAUAAGUUAAAUAACCAUUUUCUGCAGUCAUGGCAGAUUCUAUAACAUCCAAACUGAUUAUUCAGUUGUGUUCUAUGUGCAAUUACACACGUUUCAGAGUCCUU